AUGUUCAUCUGUCACGACAAAAAGUCUGCUGAAGUCUACCCCGGCGAGUGGAGCGGCGAGCACGUGUCGGCGUGGCUGCGCUGGUGCACGCGCCAGUUCCGGCUGCGGCCGGCGCCCGACCCUGCGCGCUUCCCCGGCACGGGGCCCGAGCUGUGGGCGCUGCGGCGCGACGAGUGGGCGGCGUUGGCGGGCAGCGGGCGCGCCGGCAGACUCCUCGCCGUGCACCUGGCGCACCUGCGCCUCGCCGCCACCGGCGCGCCCUCCAGCCCGCUCACCGAGCCCCGCCACGACUCCGACACCGAGGGCGACGGCGCCGACGACGACGGCUCCGCGGCGGACCCGUACCAGGUGCUGAACGCGGCGGGGUCGCGGCUUCUGGCGCAGGGCUCCGGCCAGAUCCAGCUGUGGCAGUUCCUGCUGGAGCUGCUCGCCGACUCCAGCAACGCCGCCUGCAUCGCCUGGGAGGGCAGCAACGGAGAGUUCAAGCUCACCGACCCCGACGAGGUGGCGCGCCGCUGGGGCGAGCGCAAGAGCAAGCCCAACAUGAACUACGACAAGCUCAGCCGCGCGCUCAGGUACUACUACGACAAGAACAUAAUGACAAAGGUGCACGGCAAACGGUACGCGUACAAGUUUGACUUCCACGGACUGAUGGCCGCAUGUCAGGCGCAAGCACAGGCCCAGGCAGCAGCAGCAUCUGGCGGAAGUGCGAGUGGCAGUUCAGGUGCGUCAGAUGGACUUUACAAGUACCAAGCACACCACAGUGAGCUGGGGCCCGCACUGUACCCGGCGUCCGCACUCGCCGACUCGGCCGCGGCUGCAGCUAAGCUGCUGCCGAGCACUACCGGGGUCACUGUCCCACCUCCGGGCACAGUCUCACCCUUCUGGACAUCGGCAGCAGCGGCAGCUGCUGCAGCUUCCGGACUGCAGUCCGUGUACUCGGUGGCACCUGUCAGGUACCCGUACACCCCAGGACCGGGGAGUGGCAGCAACUAGCCGGCGGCUCUGUGGCCGGCGUGCCUGACAGCACGAGUGGCCCCGACCCCGACCUGCACGUCCCACCGUCUGUGGCCCGAUCGAGACGGCACUCACGUCGGCAUUUCGGUCGAGCAGCCGAGCCCUUGGAGAACUCUGCUGUCCCGUCCACAUUACUUGUUCUCUUAGUGACUGCAGAGUUUGUUAUUUAUCUCCACUGCAACUACUUACAAAUCAUUCGUGUGCAAAAGAGAAAGGAGGCAACCUGUACUUACAAGUGAAGAGACACUCCUAUUUGCCAACCAAUCUUACACACUUUUCUCUGCAGUGGUAUGGACACUGUACUCUUCAUAGAGCCAGCAGUAUAUGAGUUUAAGACGUGUGAUACAGUAAACACUAUUGUGACUUUCAUAAUUAAUUUAGUUUACAGUGUAGAAAAAUGUUAAUUUUAUUUGUACAAUAUAUUGUUAAAGAAAGAAACCGGUAAAAUUUAAAAAUUGCUGUUUACUUCAUAAUAUAAAAGACGACAUAGGAGUGUGAGCACAAUUUUCAUCAUUACAGAUGAAGACUGUGUCCUUUAUCCCAUACAAAUUCUACUUUUCCAGUCUUCUAUCCCAUACAAAUUCUAAUUUUCAGUUUUCCUCUCUUUUACUCUGGUAAUAUUAGCAAAAGUUUGUGUAUUUUGUGAAACAAUGACUUAUUUCAUUGAUUCUCUCCAGGUAGCAAGUUAGAGAAAAAUUCUAAAACUAACUCCCAGUUUUAUACUGAACAAACUCAUACUUCUUAUGAUACAAAAUAAUUGUUUAAGGUGAAUGUAAAUGUAUUUUCAAAUAGUAUUUGUACAUCUGAAGAAGACGAAACUUAAGCUGAAGCAGUAUGCGCCACAAUUUUCAUACAAAAUUCUGUUGGGUGUUUACAAGAAAGUGAUGUAUUUGUGAAAUGUUAUAGUUCCUCUGAAACAUUCAACAAUAAACAAAAUUUACAGCUGAUCAUCACUUAAUAAAACAUACAUAAAUGUAGAAAAAGUUUUACUAGAAAUGUGCAAGC